UCUUCUUCUUCGUCUUCUUCUUCGUCUUCUUCUUCGUCUUCUUCUUCGUCUUCUUCUUCUUCUUCUGAGGGCUCCUUUAUAUCAUUGGACUUGGAUGGGCAUGUCGACAGAUGGACAGAUGGACAGACAGACAGACAGAUUGAUAGACAGAUAGGAUGGAUGUCCCCCACAGAGUCGACGGCCGCAAAGCUUGACGCGAAUAAAGAAGCGGGAGCGAGAGAAGGGGGGAGUCAGGCCAAUGAGAGCGGCCUGGUCAGGGUGGUGCAGGUUGGGAUAUAAAAAGAGUCCUCUGGUCAGAUGUGCGAUGAAACCUGCUGCAGUAGGCCAGUGCGCCCUGUAUGCAAAGACCAAAGGGAGGGAGCAUCCGUUAUCUUUUUUCCGUUCACUCGUUCACUCACUCAUCCAUCCAUCUAUCCAUCCACCCACUCCUCUCCGCUCCUUGCUUCCUCUUUCUCUUAUUUUCUCUCUUUCCCUCGCUUUCUCUUCACUCCCUGACCCCGCUUGGACUCGCCGGACGGACGCACAACAUGGACAGGGCGGAGGAUACGGCCGGACAGGAAGCAGACCCAGCAACCGCCUGUCGGUCCGGGACCCAAGGGUUGUUCUACAUCAAAGACUCUGAUCUGGCGGCCGAGAGCACCAGCCACAGCAGCACCGAUGACGAUGACGACGGCAACGGCGAUGAUGGUGAUGGUGAUGAUUACGCAGACGGUCGCGACAGCCCGCACCCGCCCGGCAACCUCAUCCAGAAACACCACCUCCAUCACCGCCGCUUCUCCCAUCCGUCCGACAACCAUAGCAACAGCAGCCGCAGCAGCAGCAGCAGGAACAUCCACAGCAUCUACGAUCGGAACACGGACAGGGAACCGAUCUCUUCAAAUCGCUCAUACACUGACAGUGACGUUGGCGGAAGGAUGAUUCGAGGACGUGGCCGACGGAAUUCAUUGGAGGAAGGAUAUCCGUGGUCGCCAUGGUCAGGAUGGCGAUUGAUCCUGAGGCUGUUGUAUGCGGUUGUCGUACCCGCGGUGAUCAUUUUUUUGCUCGGCCGAUUUGAACGGUCUCUCCAACAGCAACAACACUAUCUUUUGCAUCAGCAGCAACAGUAUGAGCAUUUCCAACAAGUGCGGUGUGGCCAAGGCGAGAUGGACUCUUGUGCACCGUUGUCGAGUCGAGGACAGGACCAGCCGUUGUUGGUGCAACAUGGUGAGGGAGAUGAGAGCAGCAGUCCGUGGAGACAAACCUUGUUGGGCACGCUCGAGAGAUGGCGCUCGCAUCUGCAUCCGAGAGGCCAUCAUCAAGAUCAGGAACAGGAUCGACAACGACAACAGCAGCAGCACCAUCACGACAUCAGGCCAAAGGGAACGACAAUGGUUCAGCAGACGUUCUUUGACAACUUUGUUCUAUUUGGGGACUCGAUCACCCAGUAUUCGUUUGAUGUGAACGAACGGGGAUUCGGCGCCCAGCUCGCCCACCUCUUCCAGCGGCGCCUCGAUAUCAUCAACCGCGGAUUCUCAGGAUACACAUCCGAGCAGGCGAUCCACAUCCUCCCACAACUCCUCCCUCGCGUGAACUCUUCCCUUUCCUCCUCUGCCGAUUCCCUAUCUCCUCCAAAGAUCCAGUUCCUGGCCAUAUUCUUCGGCGCCAACGACGCCUGCCUCUCCCCAUCCCCUCAACACGUCCCCUUGCCGCGGUACAUCCAAAACCUCCACUCUCUCAUCUCCAUGGUCCACUCCCCUACUUCACCCACCUACUCUCCCGAAACUCGAAUUAUCCUCUUCUGCUCACCACCGGUCGACGAGGCUCGCUGGGCGAUCCGACGAAAAGAGCGUGGUAUGUUUAUGGAUCGGGAUAAGGAGGUUACGCGGACCUAUGCAGAGGCUUGUCUCAAGAUCGGACAGGAGUAUCGGGAUAAGGGCCGGGGAGAGGACGGGAAGAAGCAGGAGCUUCAUCGGGUCGAUGUGAUCGAUACAUGGGGGUUGAUGAUGCAGAAGGUCGAGGCUGGGGAGAGGACUUUGGAGGAUUAUCUUAAAGACGGACUUCAUCUUGCUUCUGAGGGGAACAACCUGGUUUUCGAAGAGAUCAUGAAGAUCGUUCGAACCAGGUACCCAGAAUACGACCCUGAGACCAUGCCGAUGCAUGCUCCCUGGUGGGGUCAUCUAGACCAUUCUCAUCCCGAGACCGAUCUCUUGAUCUGCGCCAACAAACCGGCAAAGUCAUGAAAAUCAACAUCGAUUCAUUCGCGAUGAAAAGAAAAAAAAAAGAAAAGCAAUAUCAAUGGAAUCUUGAACAGGAUAUGCAAACAAUAAAGCGCAAGCGGAGGAAAAACU